CCUCUUCUUACCCUGCACCCAGAGCCUAGCAGGAGAGGACAAGGGCAGGAGGCACCAUGAGUGGGGGCCCUGUGGGAGGCAGGUCUGGGGGUCGCGGAGGACCAGGGGUUCAGCAGAACAUACCCUCCACGCUCCUCCAGGACCACGAGAACCAGCGACUCUUCGAGAUGCUGGGUCGGAAAUGCUGGACACUGGCCACCGCCGUUGUUCAGCUCUACCUGGCACUGCCUCCCGGAGCGGAGCACUGGACCAAGGAGCAUUGUGGGGCUGUGUGCUUCGUGAAGGAUAACCCCCAGAAGUCCUACUUCAUCCGUCUUUACGGCCUUCAGGCUGGCCAGCUGCUCUGGGAACAGGAACUAUACUCACAGUUGGUCUACUCUACUCCCACCCCCUACUUCCACACUUUUGCUGGAGAUGACUGCCAAGCAGGGCUGAACUUUGCAGACGAGGGCGAGGCCCAGGCCUUCCGGGCCCUGGUGCAGGAGAAGAUACAAAAAAGGAAUCAGAGGCAAAGUGGAGAUAGACGCCAGCUACCCCCACCACCAGCACCAGCCAAUGAAGAGAGAAGAGGGCCCCCACCCCUGCCUCCGCACCCAGGUGGAGAUCAAGGGGGCCCAGCAGCUGGCCCCCUGUCCCUGGGGCUAGUAACAGUGGACAUCCAAAACCCGGACAUCACAAGUUCACGAUACCGUGGGCUCCCAGCACCUGGGCCUGGCCCAGCUGAUAAGAAACGUUCAGGGAAGAAAAAGAUCAGCAAAGCUGAUAUUGGUGCACCCAGUGGAUUCAAACAUGUCAGCCACGUGGGAUGGGACCCCCAGAAUGGAUUUGACGUAAACAACCUGGACCCGGAUCUGCGGAGUCUGUUCUCCAGGGCAGGAAUCAGUGAGGCCCAGCUCACAGAUGCCGAGACCUCCAAGCUUAUCUACGAUUUCAUUGAGGACCAGGGUGGGCUGGAGGCUGUGCGGCAGGAGAUGAGGCGCCAGGAGCCGCUUCCACCGCCCCCACCGCCAUCCCGAGGAGGAAACCAGCCCCCCCGGCCCCCUACUAUUGGGAGCAACAAGGGUCGUUCUGGUCCACUGCCCCCUGUACCUUUGGGAGGUGCUCCACCCCCGCCAACUCCCCGGGGACCCCCACCCCCAGGCCGAGGGGGCCCUCCACCACCACCCCCUCCAGCCACUGGACGUUCUGGACCACCGCCCCCUCCGCCCUCUGGACCUGGAGGGACUCCUGUGCCUCCACCACCACCACCACCACCACCACCACCCAGCUCUGAUGAUGGGCCAGUCCCUCCCCCUCCUCCUGCUCUGGGGCCUGUGGGGGGCCUGGCCCCCAGUGGAGGUCGGGGGGCACUUUUGGAUCAAAUCCGGCAGGGAAUUCAGCUGAACAAGACCCCUGGGGCCCCAGAGAGCUCAGCGCUGCAGCCUCCACCUCCGAGAUCAGAAGGGUUGGUGGGAGCCCUGAUGCACGUGAUGCAGAAGAGAAGCAGAGCCAUCCACUCCUCAGACGAAGGGGAGGACCAGGCCGGUGAUGAGGAUGAGGACGAUGAGUGGGACGACUGAGUCACCCUGCCCACCUGUUCUGCGCCUCCUCCCCUGGCAGCCGCUGUUUCCUGCCCUCCACUCCUGGCCUCCAGGCCCUCAAGCCCCAUUUCUCCCCCACCGACCCUUCCAAUGCUGUCAUCUCUGACAUUCCCCAACAUUCACUCUAGCAAAUUGCCAGGGCCCCUUUUUAUAUAAAAUUUCUAUAUAAGGAUUUUUAAACAGAAAUAAAAUAACUGUCUUUUUGUUUCUCUCAAUCUGUUUAUAUUCCAAAUAUGGAAAGUUGGGGUCCUUUUUCCAUAUAGUCUCUUUUAUUCAUCUAUACCAUUUCAUUUAUUUAGCCUUACAUGUAUAUAUUCACUCAUUUGUUCCCUCAUUGAUUUCUUUGCUUCCUUUUGUCCUUCUUUCUUUCCACAUUUACUGCCAGGCACUACUUUAGGGGCUGGGGAUAAGGCAGUGGGGAAAAAAACCUAGUGAGGCCAACAUUCUAGUGGAGGAGACAGCUCUAAAACAAGGAAUCAAAUAGAAACAAAAGAUACAGAUCAUGGUUAAGUGCUGUGAUACGCUGAGGGGGAAUGACAUUCAGAUGGAAACUUCAUGGAAAGCCACCUGGAGGAGGUGACAGUUGUGCAGAACCUAAAGAGAGAGGAGUCAACCAAUAAAUAUUUGGGGGGAGGGCACUGCAGGUGGAGGGAACAGCCAGUGUGAGGGCACUCUAGUUGGAGGGAACAUCCAGUGCAAGGGCCCUGAGGUGCUUGGUGUGAGGGUGAGUGUGGUGAAUGAGCAGGAGUUAUUUAUUAUUAAUUUACUUAUUUAGUAAUUAAAAAAAAAAACCCAAAACAUUAAAUCAGCAUUAUAUUAGAUCAAGAGACUACUCAGUGAUCAGACUUACUCUCCAUGCCCACAACUCACACACCAGGAUCCUGAUGGGCAGGACCCCCUCUCAAUUUUUAAAUUUGGUUCUGCCCAGUUCUCAGUGCAAACCAAGUCCUGGCUGAUGGCAAUGAAAGAGGCAAAGACUUAGUAAUCAGAUAGAUCUGCUCUAGAACCCAGGCAAGAUGCCCCACCUCUGAGCCUCAGUUUCUUCAUCUAUACAAUGGAGGUUUACAAUAUGUAACCGAUUCCCAAAUGAGAUCGCACUGAGUCACCCUUCCUCCUCUAGGAAUUACUCACCAGAAAGAAAAAAGGAGCAAGUCAAAACUGUCCCUGGUGUUUAAAGCUGUUUCCAAGGGAGUUAUUAGUACCUCUUGCUCACCAGAGCCUUAGAAGAGGUGCCUACUCCUUCCCAUUUCUAACAUCUGGUGGAUUCAAGAUCUCAAGUAUCCUACCUUUUAGAGGACAAGGAGGGGAGUGGGGAGAAAGAUAACAGUGAGGAGGAAUCUAGAGAGGAAAGGCCUCAUCCAUCUGCAAGACUAGUGGAAGAAUUUCUGAACCAUCCAAGGUGCAGGCAGGGGCUUAGGGGAGGGAACGAAGGAGAGCCAGGGUGAAGGUGGAGGUGUGGGAGGUGGGAGUUGGUUUUGCUCCUUAAGAAUUCGCCUGCAGCCUCAGAAGCUGAAGAAGGAGGGAGUCUCAGGUUCUUUUUAAUUCUUUCAUUGUUCUUCACCUUUCACUCCCCUCCCCACCGCAGGUCGUCCAGGUCCCAGGAGCAAGCUAAGUCUAGGAAGGGCCUGUCAGUAUCACUUACCUGCCUCCCCACCCCCUGCUGGGAAACCCUAGAAAUCCAGUGUUCUGGGACCCCCUCAGCAGGCUUUGUCCUGGGGAAGAAACUUCCAUCACACAACCUCUGAAUCCCCAGGAGCGCUGCCUGGAGCAGGCACAGACUUGGCUUAAAAGUAUCCACUGUGGACAAGUUGCUUGACCUUUCUGGACCUCAGUUUCCUCAGUCUUUCCAUGGAGACUAAAAAUGCUUACUUCCCAGGGUUGUGGAGAGAAUUAAAGUAGAUGGCGUCUGCAGAAUGCCUGGCUCCUUGAGUCAUCUAUAAACAUUAGAUGCUGCUGCUGCUACUGUUCUUGUUCUUACUGGUUGUCACUGAUCCUGAGUCACCGCUGAUUAUAAAAUGCCCCAUUAUUUUAUGUAUCACUAAAAAAGACAAAAAACUGCGGAUUGAAUUAUGACUCACCAGUGCUUGAGAGAUGCAGCCCGAUUUCAGAGAUGUUAAAAAUGACAUGCUCCUGGAACACUGGCUGGGGAUGUUCCUUAGCCUGCGUUCUGGUUCCACAUGGAUGUUUGCUUGUGAGAACUCAUGAUACUGGUCACCCAUGGUCUGUGCACUCAUGUAUGUGUAGUACAAUCAAAUAUGAGGUUUACAUUAAAAACAGAUCAAACCUGUA